UUGUUUACUGGCGCAAAGACAGGAAAGGGGAUCCUUGGAGUGAGAGGAUAUGUCAGUGCACUAGCUACAACUAAAAAAAUUUAAAAAAUCUUGCAUUUUUAUUCUCCUCUUUCUCUCCUCGAGUAAGUGAGCUUUGCGGACUCAGCUUCACUUCGUUGUAUUGAUCUGUGAAGCAAAGCGACAUAGAAAGACUGCAUGUGGAGCAUUUGGGUUAGAAGUCUCGCGGAAAUCUCAGCGGUCGCAGUGUUUUCAGAAAACGCCCCCAGAACCGAUCCGAUUUACUGAUCCGAAACUGUCAGAUUACAGGCUCGCCGUGAGGAGUAGUACGGAGAAACUACCGCGCUACGGCGAAAGCCCGCUGUCAGCAGGAACCUGGAACAAGUACAAACAGAAAUCUGCCCGUUACGAACCCUGGACAUCACGAACGUUUCACAUGAGCACUAUCUGCAACUUAUAAGUCUGUAAACAGUUUAUUAUAACUAUAAGAUCUUUCCAUCUGAAAAAUAAAACGAAACGGCAACAAAAAAAGUAUCGUUCAGACGCUCAAUUGAUUGCUUCGGCCUGCGUUGUGUGCGCAGCCAUUCCUCCCCGUGCUUCGCCAGUUUUUCGUUUUUUUCCAGCUUGUAGCAAUCUACGCAAGUGCUGGACAAAUAUAUGCAAUCGAUCGGAAAUGAUGCAGUCCGCAUGCUUUAUACGUGUGGUUUGUUUUACAGUGAAUGAAAGGCGCAGCACGCGCUGUCAUUAGCUUAGCGCUCGAGCGUGUCUUCAUAUCAGCAUCAGUCAGUGCGCGCGACAGCAGAUCUGCAGCAGCGCGAGCGGAUUGAACACGUUGAACUUUCCUCUCCGCCCAUUUUUUUUCUGAGGGGGGUGACAGAGGGCUUUUUUCUUUUCUUUUUAAUUUUUAUCUUCCAAAACAGCACUGGACUAUUAAAACAGAUCGUUAGCAACACCAAGACGUAUACGAAGGGGAUUUUUGGACAGAUUUUCGGUUUCCCCGGGGGCAAAAUGCGGCUGUGGACUUUGAUUGUUUUGGUUGCGUCUGCCUACACUGUUUGCAACUGUCAACAAACACAUGGAGAAAUUUGCUCAAGUAAAGACAUCAGAAAUAAUGUGACCAACCUGCGGGUGCUGGAGAACUGCACCGUGAUCGAAGGCCACUUAAAGAUUCUGCUCAUGUUCACGACCAAACCGGAGGAUUUCCGUGGUCUGAGUUACCCCAAGCUGACGGUAGUGACGGACUACCUGCUCCUGUUCCGCGUUUACGGCCUGGAGAGCCUCAGUGACCUGUUUCCCAACCUCACAGUGGUGCGAGGUAAUAAUCUCUUCUUCAACUACGCACUCGUGAUGUUCGAGAUGCUGCAGCUGAAAGAGAUCGGCCUUCACAGCCUGAUGAACAUCACCCGUGGAGCCGUGCGCGUAGAGAAGAACCCCGACCUCUGCUACCUCUCCACCCUUGACUGGUCCAUGAUCCUUGACUCGGUGGAGGACAACUACAUCGUGGCCAAUAAGAAUGAUCGAGAGUGCGGAGACGUCUGCCCCGGCACGAUUCAGGGCAAAACCACCUGCCCCCUCACCACCAUCAACGGAGACUUUAGCGAGCGCUGCUGGAACCAGAAGCAUUGCCAGAGAAAUGGGAAUCAGUACGUCUCUCAUGAACUCUUAUUAAUGAGCCAAGGAGACUAGGAUGGAUG